AUGAUACCGGGUCACAGUGAACUGGUACCUAUGUCCAAAAUUCACUGCGAGAGUAAGGCUGUGGUUCACUUGGAUCCGACAGCCUCGGCAGUGACGGAUCUUCAUCACUGUUCGAGCUGCAACAAAACCACCAAACUCUCACCAAGCACCUGGACUUUUAACAAGACUCUCUCCAACCUCAUCAGGAAGAACAUUCUGCGAUUCCUCGACCCGGAGAGAGACAUCUCCAUCCUGAAGGGAACGCUGAAGGCAGGGGACAUCGUCCACUACGUCUUCGAUCGCCACAGCACCACGAAUGUCUCAGAGAACCUCUACCGCCUGCUGCCAACCGUGUCCCCCUUGAAGCACCAGCACCACCGGAGCUGUGCCAUCGUGGGCAACUCUGGAGUCCUGCUGAACAGCAGCUGUGGGCCUGAGAUCGACUCGCAUGACUUUGUCAUCAGGUGUAACUUGGCGCCGGUGGAGGAAUACUCUGAGGAUGUGGGCCGACGGACCAACCUGGUGACCAUGAACCCCUCUGUGGUGCAGCGGGCCUUCCAGGACCUGGUCACAGAAGAGUGGAAGGAGCGCUUCCUGCGGCGUCUUCGGGACCUCGGCGGCAGCGUGCUGUGGAUCCCGGCCUUCAUGGCCAAAGGCGGGGAGGAGCGCGUGGAGUGGGCCCUCCGCCUCAUCCUGCUGCACGCGGUGGACGUCCGCAUGGCCUUCCCGUCGCUGCGCCUCCUCCACGCCGUCAGAGGUCAUUCAGCUAACAGCAUCCUGUACGUCUUUACGGACAGGUACUGGCUGACGAACAACGUCCACAUCAAACGCCCGACCACCGGCCUCCUCAUGUACACCAUGGCCACCCGUUUCUGCGAGGAGAUCCACCUUUAUGGCUUCUGGCCGUUCCCGCUGGACCCACGAGGCAGACCGGUGAAGUACCACUACUACGACACGCUCAAGUACGAGUACACGUCCAGCUCCAGCCCUCACACCAUGCCRCUGGAGUUCAGGACCUUGAGCUCGCUGCACAGACAGGGGGCGCUCCGGCUCCACACGGGGACCUGUGACGUGCAGCCACAAGUCCACAAAGAUCUGACACCGUGA